AUGUGUGGCAUAUUAUGGCAUUUUCAGAGUCGCAUAGAUGCCCGACCGACGACUCAGCGCGAAAAGGGUGACUCAUAUGACGCGCUUUUUGAACAAAUGGUACCCCUAGUGCGUUCCAGAGGACUAGAUAGCUUGCAGUAUUUUAAAAAAGAGAUCGACCAGGGCACGAUCACGGAAUUUUCGUCUGUGUUGUCGAUUCGAGCACCCCUGACGCCUCAACCCAUGGUCAGGGGAAACUUUUCUCUGCAAUACAACGGAGAGCUCUACAAUCAAGAGAUAGAAAAUAAUGAUUUAGAAUUUAUUUAUCAAACACUGGUGAAAUCAAAGUUUGACGUGAUUUCAACUAUAGGUCAACUUGAUGGCGAAUUCUCUUAUUGCAUCACUAAUAUGGACACUAAAAAGGUAUUUUUCGGGAAAGAUCUAUUGGGAAGAAAGAGUCUAGGGUAUAUGCUAGAUGAGAACCAAUUGUACAUUAGCAGCUGCCCUCCUGCCAAGGCACAAAAUGCCUGGUUCGAGUGUGCCUGUGCAACGGUUUAUGAAUAUGACAUGAAAACCGGCAAGUUGGUAACGAUCGACUUUGAAUCAAGCGAAUGUCUUCCUUGCCCCGAUUUUGUUCAGCAGACAAAUGAGCCCCUGAAUUUGAUGAAACUGCAUGAUUUAUUGGCAUCGAGCGUGCGAAAACGCGUGAGAACCAUCUCGCCAACACAUAAGUCAAGCUCUUCGGUGGCAAUAUUGUUUAGUGGAGGACUCGACUGCACUUUGCUAGCAGCUUUAGCGGCCGCAGAACUUGGCCCCGACACAACGAUCGACUUACUCAACGUCUCCUUUUGCAACCCACGCACCAGCACCAAACCAGCAGACACGCCAGACAGACUGCUUGCUAUAAGAAGCUGGAAAGGAUUGCAGCAAUUAUAUCCUAAGGUUAAUUUUCAGCUGGUCGAAGUUGACGUCCCAUAUGAGGAAUACUUGGAACAUAGAUCCAAGGUGAUACGACUGAUUUAUCCCAAUGACACCGAAAUGGAUUUAUCCAUUGCCAUCGCGUUUUAUUUUGCUGCACGAGGUAUCGGUAAUCUUAUUCUUCCAAACGGAACGAGAGAACCGUACGAAAGUACAUGCAGAGUCUUACUGAGCGGUUUGGGAGCAGACGAGCUAUUCGGAGGUUACACUCGUCAUGAACGUAUUUUCACGAGCCUCUCAAACCAAAUAAAACGACAAGUAUCUGGAAAACCUCCAAACAAUACCACAGAGAAUGACUGGAACACAUUGAUCAAACGUCUGAUUGAAGAAUUGCAGCUUGACUUAUCCAAUUUGUAUACCAGGAAUCUCUCGCGGGACGAUAAGGUGAUCUCGUGCUGGUCCAAAGAAGUCCGCUACCCAUUCCUGGAUAAAAGAUUUGUAGAAUAUGCGACCAGAGAAGUGAGGUGCGAGGACAAGCUGCGGAUGGAUAGAACAAAUGGCGAGAUCGUAAGAAAGUUUGCAUUGAGAGAGCUUGCUCGUCACCUUGGGUUGAGAUUUGUUGAACAGGAACCAAAACGGGCCAUCCAGUUCGGAUCUCGAAGUGCCAAAAUAGAUCCAGGGACCGGCAAGGUGAAAGGAACGGAUAGACUAGUGUAA